AUGUCGCGUCGAGUUGUGUCUUCUACUCGGGAGAAUAAACGGAUAAGGAUAGAUGGAAAUCCGAAAAUGGAGGAGAACGCCCUUAAGGUCUUCCGCAUCACAUUCGAGUCGGGCAGCCUUUUUAGUACAAAAACGGACGGACGCCUUUGCAUUAUUCCGUCUUCAAUAACCUACCUACCCGCCUAUGUGAAACUUCUGGUUAAGAACGGUGCCGACCCGAACCGCGAGUGCAACGAACAUCUUACACCAACAGCACUCGCCAUCAUCGAAGACAAUUCAGAGAUGCUGACACUCCUAAUAUCUCUCGGAGCCGACCCUGACCGUAUCGUAGAGUUGGAUGGCGAGCAGGUGACGCUUCUGCAGCUCGCAGUGAGUUUGUACAAUUUUAAAAUCGUACGGCUGUUGUUGGAGAAUGGUGCGGAUCCAGACAAAAGUGCCCCCGCGACGGGAGAAACAGCGUUACACGUCGCCGCACGCGCCCGUCCACUCGAGAGAAGAAAGCUGAUAGCUCUGCAAUCCACGUUGUACACAUUGAUUGCGCGCGGCGCCUCACUCGAGACGACACGAAACGAUGGUUUUACCCCAUUACAGGUGGCCAUAUUGUAUAGGAGAUAUGAUGAGGCAAGGAUUUUAAUCAUCGGCGGAUCAAGACUGAACAGUACAAUCGAACGAGGUGAAUUUCGGGGGCGUACGUCAUUUCAUUUAGCUGCAAGUUCGCUGGACGUCGAUUUGAUCGAUCUCUGUUUGAAGUAUGGAGCCGACGUGAACGUGUGUGACAGGCACGACGGGAUAAACCUUCCGGCCAGUACUUUGAUGGCCGCGAUAUACGAUUUUAAAGAUAAAGGAGUGGACAAUUCCGAAGUCGUGGUGGAAAUUUUAAAAAUGUUCACGAGGUGUAUUGAGAAGAUCGUCGCAGCGGGUGCCGAACUAAGGUGUUGCAGCCUAGGAACCCCGUUUCCUCUCAAUUAUAUCGCCUCGAAAGGGGACGCGAGGAUAAUGAUAAUACUUCUGAGCGGAGGCGUACAGACAAACCGCUUGGAUGAAAGCGGAGAGACCGCCCUGCACAAAGCGGCGAGUAUGGGUUACGUCGACUGCUGUCGUCUGUUGCUGGAGUAUGGGGCGAUAUACAACUACAAAAGUCGUCACAAGUGUCAUAGGACGCCCGCACAGUUGGCGAAGUUCGUUGGGCACACGGGGGUGACAUCGUUGUUGUCCACCAUUGACAGAUAUUCCAAGCGACUGCAGAUUGGUAAAUUUAAACAGCCCAACCCCGACGACGAACUGUUUACUGCCGUUAUGAACUGUCGUUCCAGUGGAGGAACCACCCUGCUAGGAAGCGCCGUCCACCUCGCACUGAAAAGAGAAGCCGAAAUUUUGAUGGGUCUAAGGUUAGGAAUGAGUGAUGGUGAUUCAUAA